CAUUUACUCUAAGCAACAAAUUUACAUAAAUAAAUAAGUAUAAAGGUUCUUAUCACAACAAGUUUAUUGCUGUACAUGCAAAUAUUAUAAUUUAUGAACAUUUAUUUAUGUAAAGUGCAUUAUUAAUUUUGUACAGAUGAUUCUUAUCUGUCAGUCUUUUACUAUAUAUAGAGAUGCACACUAGAAAACACAAGACCAGAAGGUUUGGAGAAGCAGAGAGACUUUAAUAUGGCUGUCUCUAAGUUUAUGAAUAGUUUUAAUAUUAAUAUUGUUGUUGUUUUUCUUGUGGUGGUUGUUUUGGAUGGAGUUGUUUUGGCUAGGCAUCAGCCUAGUGAGGUGAGCUAUGAGGAGGCCAAGGCUCAGCAAGGGGCAGACCGGAUUGGGAAGCUUCCGGGGCAGCCUGAGGUGAGUUUCAAGCAGUAUUCAGGGUAUGUGACGGUUAAUGAAAGCCAUGGAAGGGCAUUGUUUUAUUGGUUUUUUGAAGCAACUGAGGCUCCUGAGAAGAAGCCUCUUCUUCUUUGGCUCAAUGGAGGGCCUGGAUGUUCUUCGAUAGGGUAUGGAGAAGCAGAGGAGUUGGGUCCUUUUCUCACACAGAAAGGCAAACCAGAGCUUAGCUUCAACAAGCACUCAUGGAAUAAAGAGGCAAAUUUGUUGUUCCUAGAAUCCCCUGUUGGAGUCGGAUUUUCUUACACGAAUACCAGCAGUGAUAUCAGCAAUCUUGGUGAUACAAUUACAGCCAAGGACUCGUAUAUAUUUCUAGUGAACUGGUUUAAGAGGUUCCCUCAGUUCAAGUCCCAUGACUUCUACAUUGCUGGAGAGAGUUAUGCAGGUCACUAUGUUCCUCAACUUUCUGAAGUCAUUUUUGAUAGUAAUAAGCAUGUCUCGAAGGAAGAAUAUAUAAAUUUCAAGGGAUUUAUGAUUGGGAAUGCAUUGUUGGAUGACGAAACUGAUCAGAAAGGAAUGAUUGAUUAUGCAUGGGAUCAUGCUGUAAUAUCUGAUCACCUUUACGACGAACUUAAGCUUGAGUGCAACUUCAGUGAACGUAAUCAAACAGAUGCCUGUGGCGAUGCCCUUGAUAAAUAUUACAAUGUUUACAAGAUCAUAGACAUGUAUAGCUUGUACACACCUUCGUGCUUUGAUAACAACGGAACCAGCAUCAGUAGGCAGCUGCCAAAGAUCCAUGGCAUUGCCCCUCAUUUGUUCUCCAAACAUGAUGGAUGGCACAAGAAACCAGCUGGUUAUGACCCUUGCUUAUCAGAGUAUACAGAAGUGUAUCUGAACAGAGCUGAUGUGCAGAAAGCACUUCAUGCAAAUGUCACAAAAAUAUCAUAUCCUUGGACUCACUGCAGUGAUGCUAUAUCAUUUUGGGAAGAUGCGCCAUCUUCUGUGCUACCAGUUAUCCGAAAGCUUGUGAAUGGUGGCCUUCGUGUAUGGAUAUUUAGUGGAGAUACUGAUGGAAGAAUACCAGUAACAGCAACAAGGUUAACACUGAAGAAGUUAGGACUCAAGACUGUUAAAGAUUGGACUCCUUGGUACAGCAAUCAACAAGUUGGUGGAUGGACAAUAGAGUAUGAAGGGCUGAUGUUUGUUACUGUAAGAGGAGCUGGACAUCAAGUUCCAACCUUUAAGCCCAAAGAAGCCCUUCAACUAGUCAGGCAUUUUUUGGCCGAUAAGAAGUUGCCAAUCACUCCAUAUUAAAACUUUGAAUCCUUCUUCUAACAGAAAGGGAAGAAGAAGAAGAAAAUAGAGUCCAUUAUAUAACUUAUUGAAUGUAAUUUAACAUUUUUAUUACAGAGUAUAAUAGAUCUUCCUCUGCAA